GCCGCCGGAGACCGGCGGCGCUCAGCGAUGUCUGCCAAGGAGGGGAGCAAGGUGCUGCUGCUGCCGCCUCACGCCACUAGCGAGCGCGCCGUCAAGGCUGUCCCUUUUCCACCAACGCAUCGUUUGACAUCUGAAGAAGUGUUUGACACAGAUGGAAAACCCAGGGUUGACAUUUUGAAGAACCACUUGAUAAAGGAAGGUCGAGUGGAUGAAGAAAUUGCACUUAGAAUCAUCAAUGAGGGUGCUGCAAUAUUACGGAGAGAAAAAACUAUGAUAGAAGUUGAAGCUCCAAUUACAGUGUGUGGUGAUAUACAUGGCCAGUUCUUUGAUCUAAUGAAGCUGUUUGAAGUGGGAGGAUCACCUGCUAACACAAGAUACCUCUUCCUCGGUGACUAUGUAGACAGAGGUUAUUUUAGUAUAGAGUGUGUGCUGUAUUUAUGGGUCCUGAAAAUUCUCUAUCCAAGCACGUUAUUUCUUUUGAGAGGCAACCAUGAAUGCAGACACCUAACAGAGUAUUUUACCUUUAAACAAGAAUGUAAAAUAAAAUACUCUGAAAGAGUCUAUGAUGCUUGCAUGGAAGCUUUUGAUUGCCUCCCUCUUGCUGCUCUCUUAAAUCAACAGUUUCUUUGUGUUCAUGGUGGACUUUCACCAGAAAUUAAUACACUAGAUGACAUUAGGAGAUUAGAUAGAUUCAAAGAACCUCCAGCAUUUGGACCAAUGUGUGACUUACUGUGGUCAGAUCCUUCAGAAGAUUUUGGAAAUGAAAGUUCACCAGAGCACUUCAGUCACAAUACAGUCAGAGGAUGCUCAUACUUUUAUAGCUAUCCAGCAGUUUGUGAAUUUUUGCAAAAUAAUAAUUUGUUGUCAAUCAUUAGAGCACACGAAGCACAAGAUGCAGGUUAUAGAAUGUACAGGAAAAGUCAAACUACAGGGUUUCCAUCAUUAAUAACAAUUUUUUCAGCACCUAAUUACCUGGAUGUCUACAAUAAUAAAGCUGCUGUUUUAAAAUAUGAAAACAAUGUGAUGAAUAUUCGUCAAUUCAAUUGUUCUCCUCAUCCUUACUGGCUACCAAAUUUUAUGGAUGUUUUUACAUGGUCCUUGCCAUUUGUUGGAGAAAAAGUAACAGAAAUGUUGGUGAAUGUUUUGAGCAUUUGUUCUGAUGAUGAACUGAUGACAGAGGGAGAAGAUCAAUUUGACGUAGGUACAGCUGCUGCACGGAAAGAAAUAAUCAGGAACAAAAUUCGUGCAAUUGGCAAGAUGGCAAGAGUCUUCUCUGUUCUCAGGGAGGAGAGUGAAAGUGUGCUGACACUCAAGGGUUUGACUCCCACUGGAAUGUUACCUAGUGGAGUGUUGGCUGGAGGACGACAGACCCUGCAAAGUGAUGCGUUGUAACUGGAAACUGUUCUCAAAGUCUGUGCGCAGAAGUUCAAGUUAACAAAUGGUCUGGAGCUGUCUCUAAUUCUUGCAUUGUUGAAGAGGAAAAAAAGGUAUCCUGCCUCUCAGAAAACUGUAAGUUGUUUCGCUUUGUUUUCCGCUUCCAGGAUUUUAAGUGGGAGGAAGGUUCUGCAUAUCGUUAGCGUUAGUCUGUUCUCAGUGGGGAGGGGGAAAUGCUUGGCAAUAGCUCUGCCAGCCCACGGAUGCAACAGCAAAGCAAAGAGCUGUGGUUUCUGCAGUGCUGCUGUCUGCAGGGAGAAGGGUUGGGAGGUGGUGGGGGUGGGGAGGUGUUCUGUCUGUUCUGAGAAAUGUGAAUGCAUUUUGGCGAAUCUGAAAAGCAGGCCUGAAAGUACAGAACGUGUUUGAGGAUGGUUUUUUGGCCUCCUGUUCAAUAGAGCUUUGUGCUGCUGAGAUACUUGCUGCCACCUGGUGAGCUGAGCCAGGAAGGCAGCCCAGUUCGCAUUGUCUGCUCACAUUUAGUUCAGUGGCAGACAUAAUGCUGAAUGUUUAAUAGAAGUGAAAAUACUUGAGGGAUUUUUGCAUGGUGGACUUUUUUAUCUGUUACUGUUUUACAAAUACUUUUAUGUACAUGUGUACAAUGAAAGAUUUGCCAUAUAAGAAUGGAUUCUACCAGCUGCUACUGGUUUUGUUAGAGGGGUAAGAAAAAAAGAGCUUUGCUUUUUGUGUGUGAGGCCUAUAUAUGAUAUUCAUUAGUUAAAGCAUUGCUUAGAAAUGUUAGGAAACUCAUUGUUAGCUGCUGGACUUCAUGCUUCCAUUAAAUUUACGGCUGGGGACAGAUUCAGCGUGGUUUUCUAUAAAAACAAAUUCACUACUCAAAGCUGGUUUUCUGUUUUCCUUAAUCCUCUGAAACCAUUGCUGCAUCAUUUGUAUUGUGUGUGUCGCUGUCACUUUCAACUUGGAUUAACGCAUGUUCUGUAGUGUUAGUGUUUGCUUACAGCAAAUUACUGAACAAUGAAAGAACAAUAUAACCCACUUUUUUACAAGGCAGUACUUCAAAAUUAGAUUUGAAAUUGCUUCUCCUUUCUAUUGCUGCCUUAAGCACAAUGCUAACUACCUCCUAAUCAUAACUAAUUUAAGAACUUACAUAGAGAAGGCAUAGUCAUCUUCUGCCAAGGUGCUUAAACUGUACAGUGUGACUUAAACUGAGCACUUGCUGCUUUUUUCAGCGUUAGGAGGGGAAGACAGAAAAUAAUUCUUAUUAGAGAACCUUUUUUUUUUGUUAUCUGCAGUUAGCUCUGUAGUUAAGUUUAGAGAUUUCAAGGAAGUAAUUAUGCAGGAGUUUGUAAGAGGGGAGGUGGUUUUGUCUGGGUAAAACAAACAAACAAACCUAAGGCUUAGGGCUAGUAGACAAGAUAUAUCUUUUAUUAUACAAUAAAGAGUAAUAGGUGCUGUAAAUUAAGGCAAGUGUAAGUGCAAAAAGCUUAAUGAAUCACCAAGAAGGCGUGUUUGAUUAUAUGUUAUUCUUUUACGCACAAGAGUAGUCAGUGUCUGCAUGAAGCAUGUUACAUGUCCUUCGGUUUGUUUUAAAAAAGAAAACAAACAGCCAGGUAACUGUCUUCUAUUGACCAACAAUUGCCAGUAGCAAACGCCUGUAAUCGCCGCUUGUAUCACUUGCUAUCAUUGUAGCCAGAGUCUUCUGAUACAGUUCUGUGAACUUCUGUUUAAUUUGCACCAGAUCAAUCUGUGCAAAGAAGAUAAAAGAAUGUGUGAGACUUAAAUACAAAGUAUAAUUUUAACUCCUAGAUAUAACUGUGCAUCUCCUUCCUCACGCUGAACACAAGUCAAGGGUACAGUGUGCAACUGAUCAGUUCUGUAAUUUGUACAAGCCAACUGGUCCCUCUACAGCUGCUCCCAAAGCAGAGGCUGGCUUGUUCCUUGCUUUGGUAGCAUGAUAGUAUCCUAACUUCAUAGAGUUGAAGUUGAGAUGCUUUUCUGCUACAUGGGCAAACAACCACAGUGAGGAAGGAAGACAAGCAGCAUUGCUAUUUAGCCAGAGACUUAAAUUGUUCUAUGAAACCUGACUUCAAAACUUUGUUCAUUUAAAUCUGAAAUGGAUAGAAGCUUUACUGCAAUGCAUGAUUGCUACAGCUGUGAAAGAAGGACUGCAUAAAAAGGUGGUUAGAGAAGAUAGACCUCACAAGGAGUGGAAAGCUACAGAGGAGAAGGUUUCUUACCUCACUGCGAGUGACUACAAUUCUGAUGAGGGUAGAAUCAUCUGUGCCAGCUCCUUUCAUAGAAUGAUAAAGCCUUUCUGCAAAAAAGGCUGGGCGAUCAAAGGCGCAUUGCACUGCAAUAAGGUAUAUUCUUAGGAUUAGUUCCAGUAUUGUACAGUGAUACUGGCAGGAUCAGUUCAGGAUUUAUGUUGUAGUCAGCUGCAGGUAGCUGUCAAUACAGAUUCUGUUAUUCCGGAUUACAGUAACUGUUUUGCUAAAGAGGGUUUAUUUUGAAGCUGAACAAAUGAGUUCUUACUUCACAAGAAAAGUUGUAGAUAUUACCAGUUAAUUUUUCUGAAAGUGCUUUUUACAGGUGACUGAAACCUUAAUUCUCAAACAGGUUGUUUCCAGUUCUUUUCCUUACAUAGCUGGUACCAGGAUAUGAGCACUUUUAGUGGUGUUCCAUUGCUAGGCCCCCAGUAACAAAAGUACAAAAGUAAAUAGUUUUCAUUCACAAAUAGCUACAGAAUCUGCUAAAUCUGUUAGAUUUUUUUUUACUGUUUUUUUCUUCUAUGUGAUCCUCAGGGAUCAUUUUUUCCUGCAGAACUUCAGUAGAAUAUAGUCUGGGAAGAACUUAUUUAGUAUGAUAGCUUUUAAUCACUAUGGCUGCAGAAAUGCUGUCAGUUUGGUAAACAGUGGUAGAGCUGGUGUGCAGGUACUGGUUUCACUUCAGUAACUCAUACUGAUCCUGUCAGAAGUCAUAACAAAUUUGAAAUGCUUUUCUAUAAGUUGGCAGGGGUUAGUGAAAUCAGAACAGGUCUUCUCUUCUGGUAAUGCUUUCCUCAGAAAUACUGAGCUUUUGAGGGGUAGGUGGUGGCAGAGGAUUGUAGAGUGAACAACGCCUAGAAGUAGCUUCAUGGUGGGUCUGAGAUCACACGUGGGGUGGUUCAGCUAUCUCUGCCUCUGUUAGUGGCACUGGCUUCAUUUUGCAGGGCUCUGAAACACAGAACCACCAGUGCUAAGCAGUGUCCCUUGCUUCUGUGUAGUCACAUGUCUUUCUAGACAAGUAGUUUCUGUGUAACCUUCUCUGGCUUCAAACCCCCAGCUAGAUGUCUGUUUCCUCCAAGUGCAAAGUGAGUAAUCUGAAUAAUUGAAGUUACUUUUGUAGUAAUAGAGUCUCAGAUUGUAUAUUCAUUUGCCAUAUGGCCAGUGCUGAAUUGGAUUCUUCCUCAAUUACUUUUAGUAAAUUACUUUUAGAAAAUUAAAUUCUUAGGGGAUAAGAGUAAGGAAGAAGGUAUCACUUACAAAUAGCCUUCAAGCCACGUUCCACAUUUCCAGAAAAUUCUCGAUCAAUGCUGCUUGCUAAGUCACGAUUAGCAAUCUACAAAUAAAUGAGAUUAACUUGUGGAUCACGAAAUGCAGCAACAUUUGGAACCUUAGUUCAAAAUAUGCUGACCAAACUCAUUUGAAGUCAGUGAAGAAUUCCUACCCUGGAAUACGCCUCAGCUGUUGCUCUCAACUGGGGAAAACUUCUGCUUGCCAGCACCAUAUUAAAGCAAGAUUCAUCCGUCCCGAGUUUUCCUUCACCUGCUUGGUAAAGACGCUGAGCAUCUUCUUGAGCUUUUUGAUAAUCCACGGUUUGAUUCUCAUCCCGGUUACCCUAAAAGCAAGGUUAGCAGAAGUCAAAUGAAGUAGCACAGAGAAGCUGUGCUUUCACUGCUUGGAGUACAGACCCCAAGCGUGUAUCUCCGAAGCUUGAAGUAGGAUGAGUGAUACCAGUGAGAAAUACAUUACAUUGCCUUAAAACUAUUAUUUGGAUUAAUAUUUCUUAGAAAAAAUACAAUUGUGGCCCAAAACUUUGUCAGUAGGGUUUGGUUUAAGCUGUGGAUAUACUGUGUGUGUAUUUGUAUAUAUAUACGUACACACUCAUAUGUUGCUUCACCUAUAAAUACAUUUUCAUGUGGUCUUUUUCAGGAACUGCACUCAAUUCUCUAUUUUAUUUAAUAAUGAAAGCUUUCUCUUGAUUUGUUUCUAGGCUUCAAGUUGCAAUGAAUCUUCCUAAAUGAACUAAUGAAUUACCUUUCUGAAUAUGCACACCUGAAAUAUCUCAGGUCUUCUAUUAUAUUUAGAAUUGCUGAUUUCAACUAUGAAUGUAUCCAGAAAAUACUUACUAUAGUUCUAAUAUGUCAAGUAGGGCUUAUGUGACAUUUUAUGCGCUUUGGGAUUUGCAUUCUUGCUGCACAGUGCAUGAAUGGAUGCUGCUAAAUGUAUUGGCUGAGUAGGCUAAAUACACACUCUUAAAUACUAUUGUGUCUGUAGCUGUUAAUAUAAUAUUUAAAUUAUGUGGUUGUCAGUUACUGUACUGGAUUUAUCAAAAUAAAAAUUAGCAUGAGCUUCAA